AAACAAACAAAAAAAGAAGAAAGUACUUUUCUUUCCUCUUUCUAAACCCCAAACCCUCAAAGUCCCCUUUUGCUGAGGUUACCCCCCGAAAUCUAUCGAAGAAUCCUCGGGUCGGUUAUUAAAUGGAUGAGGCAAAAGAGGAAGGCGAUUCUGUGAGUGCUGCUACAGAAUCUUCUUUAACUGUUAGUGGAACUGUUGUUGAGACUAUGGUUUGCGAGGGUCAAAUUCCAAUGGAUGGAGGAGGGGAAGAGGGUCCCAGUAAUGGAGAUGACAUAAUGCUGGAAGUUUUGGGUUCUCAUGUUUAUGUAGAUGGUAUUUGUACUACCGAUGGGGGAGAUGGAGGUAUUAUUGGGACCGGUUCGAAUGAUGAAGUGGUUUAUGGUCAUGGUGGCUCCGGCGAAGUUGGUAUGGAGGGUAAUCUGCGAAACUUAGAUAGUGAAGGUGACAAAGCUGCUGAUUUGGGUUCAAGAAGUGAGGUUUCUGUUUGUGAAGCUGGGACCGAUAAUAAGUUAAGCGGUGCUGAAGCUGAAGAUGGUGAGAAAAUGGAACAUACUAAUGGAACGGAUGAAGGUGGGGGAGAUGCAAAUCAAACUUUGGAGGCACAAAAGGUUGAUGAUUCAGAUGGUAAUGACUUAAAUCAUGGAAAACAGAAAGCUGUUGAAUUUUCAUCCGUUGCAUCCAAAGGUUCAACAGUGCAAACUGAAGUUGUUGAGGAAGCUGCAAUGACGAUUGGUGGGGACAAUUUGAAUACUCUGGAUGGUUCUUGUGAAGCUAUAUCUGACACAAAGAAGGAAGCUACUGAUGUUGGUGUAGAUGCCAAGUCGUCGGAUGUGAAGACAGAGAUUACCGUAGAAGAUGUUCCCCAUUCUGGUGCAAAAGAUGCGGUUUAUUCAUGUCAAUCAACUGAAUUGGUUGUUGAAUGUGGAUUGGACGAGACGGAUAAUGCAAACCUGGAAACCAACAAGCAAGGUGCUGAUUCUGAACAAAGGCAUAUGGAAGUUGAUAUUCCUUAUGAUAGCUCUGAAAAUCAUGCAGGAAAUGGCCGGAGCUUAAAGGCUGUGACAGUCAUUGACGGAGCAGAGGAAGUUGAUUUAAGUAUUGGGGCUGCAAUGGAUGCUGAAAAGCAAGUUUCUGAUUCAAAAAAUGUUGGUUUUGAUGCUGAUAGAGACAUUAAUCAUGAAGCCUCAAAAGCUGAUAACAAUGUUCUGAACCAAGUACAUUCCUCACAUUCUUUGGGAAAUGAAAAUACACUAGCUGAGAAUGCAGCUUCUAAGGAUGAUUCAUGUGUAGCACAAGAAAUGAAUGUUGAAGAACAAGUAACUAGUGAUGAACAUGAUGGUUUAGACCAAUUGAAAGAAAUGGAAGUUGAAGAACAUGAUUCUGAUCCUGAACAGCCAACUGAUUUCGAUGAAAAGUCUGUUAAACGAAUGUUUCUAAGGUCUGCGAGUACAAUAAAGGUGCAUCAAGCUAGGUACCAGCUGCAGCUAGAGGAAGAAGGUGAAUUGUCUGUUUCGGAUUUAAUCUGGGGAAAGGUGAGGAGCCAUUCAUGGUGGCCAGGGCAGAUCAUUGAUACAUCAGAUGCUUCUGAGAUGGCGUUUAAGUAUCAUAAGAAGGAUACCUUUCUGGUAGCCUACUUUGGGGAUCGGACAUUUUCUUGGAAUGAAGCUUCUGUUUUGAAGCCAUUUCGACCACAUUUCUCUCAGAUCGAAAAACAGAGUAAUUCAGAACCAUUCCACAAUGCAGUUGAUUGUGCUUUGGAAGAAGUGUCUAGACGGACAGAGCUAGGUUUGGCUUGCUCUUGCAUACACCAGGAUGUUUAUGACAGGAUAAAAUUCCAAAAAAUUGAGAAUACAGGUGUUCAACAAGAAUCAAGCAUAAGAGAUGUUGUUGAUAAGUCUUUGAGUGCUAGUUCUUUCAAACCUGAUAAAUUAGUUGACUAUAUGAAGGUAUUAGCAGAGUCUCCAGCUGCUGGAGGUGAUCGACUCGACCUUGUGAUUGCUAAAUCUCAAUUGCUGGCUUUCUAUCGUUUAAAGGGUUAUCAUCAAUUGCCCGAAUUCCAAUCCUGUGGAGAUUUAAUUGAAAAUGAAACAAAUACCUUGCAUUCUGAAGAGAAAAUGCACUUCGGUGAGGUAAUUGAGCCUUGUACUCCUAUGGAUACCGAUGGUGAGCAAAUUUUCAGUGGCCAGGAAGCUUUAAAAACUAAGAGAAACUAUUACCUUAAGCGUAAGCAUAAUCUGAAGGAUGGGUUGUAUCCUAGUAAAAAGGAAAGAAGCUUGACUGAAUUGAUGGGUGAGACAUUUGGCAAGAAAAGAAAAGCUGUUGAUUCCUUUGAGGAGACAAUGCAAGACGGGAAGAAGACAAUUUCUCUUGCCAAGGUGUCUCAAACUGCAUCUCAUUUCCCAAGGCCUUCCUUUAAAAUUGGUGAAUGUAUCCGUAGAGCUGCGAGUCAAAUGACAGGAUCUCCAUCGAUUCUGAAGUCCAGUGGUGAUAGGUUUCAGAAGUUUGAUGGAGGCAGUGAAUAUCCUGCUGCUGAUGGAAUUGAUGUUCCUGUCGAGAAUUUUGAGGAUGCGCUGCAAAAGAUGAUGAGCUUUAUGGCAGAUUACUCAUCACUAGAGGAGUUGUUAUCACAACUUCACGAGGCAGCAUGCGAUCCAAUGAAAAGUUCUUUUAGUUUAAUUGUCAACUUCUUCUCUAAUUUCAGAGAUUCAAUUGUCGUGGAUCAACAUCCUGGGGAAAAAGUAAGUGAAAAAAGGAAGAAGUCACCCAAUUCUAUUUUUGGUUCGUCAGAAACUUUCGAGUUCGAUGACAUGAAUGACACUUAUUGGACUGAUAGAAUAGUUCAAAAUGGUUCUGAAGAGCAGCCACCCCAUGGAAAUGGAAUGGGACAAUAUCAAUUAGUGCCUGUUCAAUUAGAGAAGCCACUUCAAAAAGGCCGUAAGUCUCAAAAACGGUAUUCUGAUGGUAUUCAUGAUUUGACAACUCAGAAACCCCCUGGCUAUGUUGAUGAGAGGGCUCCAGCAGAACUUGUCAUGAACUUCACUGAGAUUAAUUCUGUCCCUUCAGAAACGAAGCUAAAUAAGAUGUUCAAGCACUUUGGACCACUAAAGGAAUCUGAAACAGAAGUUGAUCGCGAAACCAGCCGUGCAAGAGUUGUUUUUAGAAGAACGUCUGAUGCUGAAGUUGCCUACAAUAGUGCUGGAAAGUUCAACAUCUUUGGGCCAGUCGCUGUAAAUUAUCAACUCAACUACACCAUAGCUGAAUCAUUCAAAGCUUCAUUGUAUGCUCCGACCCUAGCUCAGGAUAAUCCACUCAUGUCUUCAUCACUAUGUGCGGACCGUGCUCUUGUUGUAUCAACCCUGGGCGAGGAAACUUCUCACUUUCCCCCAAGUCUAGGGGAGGAAGCUUCAUUCAUGGUUUCAACCUUCGAUGAGGAAACUUUACCCAUUGUUACAACUUUCCAUGAGGAACUUCACUCAUCCUUUGGUGAGGGUAGUUUGGCCAUUCAGACUACCAUAUGCAAUCAAACUUCAGGCGUUGCCACAAGCAUGUAUGAGGAGACAAUGCCCAUUUCCACAAGCAUGUAUGAGGAGACAUUGCCCAUUGCCACAAGCAUGUAUGAGGGAGCAAUGGAUGUUGCUUCAACUAUUGGUGACCAAAAUUUUAUGGUUGCCACAACUGUAGGUGAACAAUUUUCAACAGUUGUCACAACCAUUAGUGAGCGAACCUCAGCAGUUGUUUCAACAUUUGAGGAAGCUUAUCCCUUCUCCACAAUUGUGAGCAAAGAAACUUCGACCAUCACCACAAACUUGAGUGAGGAAACUUCAACAGUUAAUGUAAGCUUGGGUGGAGAAAAUUCAGGCUUUGUUACUGGAGGUCAAGAAACUUCAACCAUUCCCACAACGUUUGGUGAAGAAACUCAUACCAAUCCUGUGACCUUGGCAGAAGAAAUCCAUACUACUCCCAGAACCUCAGGCGAAGAAACUCUAGCUAUUUCCUUGGCUGAAGAAACCCUUAGUGUUCCCAUAACCUUGGGCGAAGAAACUCCAGCAAUUUGUGUGGCAGAAGAAACCCUUAGUAUUUCCACAACCUUGGGUGAGGAAACUCCUGCUAUUCCCUUGGCCGAAGCAACCCCUAGUAUUCCCAGAACCUUGGGCGAAGACACGCCAACUGUUCCCCUGGCCAAAGAAACCCUUAGUAUUCACAGAACCUUGGAUGAAGAAACACCGGCGAUUAUCCUGACAGAAGAAAUCCCUAGUAUUCCUAGGAGCGAAGGAACUCCAGCCAUCUCCUUGGCUGAAGAAACCCCUAAUAUUCCAAGAACCUUAGGCGAAGAAACUUCAGCCAUUCCUGAAACCUCAAGUGGAGAAACUCCUACAAUUCCUCCCACCUCAAAUGGAGAAACUUCUACAAUUACUCCAGCCUCAAGUGGAGAAACUCCUACAAUUCCUCCAACUUCCAGCAGAGAAACUCCUACCGUUCCCAUACCCUUGGGUUCGACAACUCAGACCACUCCAACCGUGGUUGAGGAAACCAUGGCCAUUCCUGAAACCUUGGACAAGGAUAUUGCAACUGUUCCUGCAACCUCACACGAGGAAACUCCAGCUAUUCCGACAACUUCGGCUGAGGAAAAUCCAACUACCACAAAAUUGGACGAGGAAACUCCAACAAAUCCCACAACCUUGGGUGAUGAAACUGCAGUCAGUCUCACAAACUUGGAUGAAGAAUCUUCGAUUAUUCCUAUGACCUUGCCUGAGGGAACUUCGACUAUCCCGACGACCUUGAGUGAGGAAGCUUCAACUGUUCUCACAACUAAUGCCGAGGAAACAUCAACUGUUUCUACAACUACUGAAAUGGAGACGUCUCCACCUAAAGUGGCUGGAAGCAAGGAUCAUUCAACUUAGUUUCUCUGCUGUCAAAAUUACUUCGAAAUUUCAGUCUAUAUAGGGGAGAACACAUCCUCAGGUUCAGGUGUCGCCCUGGUAGGCUUUUGAUUCAACUUGAAGAAUGCAACGGACGGUCCUUCUUCUCGGAUUCGUUCUUUCUUGAAUUACGCUAUAAGCUGCAUGGCGUUACACGCAUGCUCGGGGUAGUGUAAUGUAAUAUCAUUUUAGAUGAUUUGACCUUUUCAUGGAUGCAAUCCUUGAGGACCAGGAGAACCGCAUUGUAGAAUCAUAGCUGCCCUAUCUAUUAUUCAUGCCCGCUUUAUUGAUGGAUGCCAAUGGUGACGAGUUUUCGAUUUUCA